AUGUCGAAAGUUGUCAUGAUACUGAGGACGAUAGGGAAAAAUAAACUGUUACGAAAUUCCGUGUUUAUAGGGAGCAUUUUUUCUGCGUCCGAGUUUACACAGGAAACCAUACUUGGAUAUGAAAAAUACGACUGGGCUAAGAUCGGACGUUUUGCUGUGUUUGGAUUUUUCUGCAAUGGUCCAUUCAAUUAUACGUGGUUUCGGUUUUUGGACAAAAUUAUGCCUGGGAAUGCAGGAAGAACGGCGGUGACAAAAGUAGUAUUUGACCAGCUAUUUGCAGCACCGAUCAUAGCAGGCGGCUUCUUUGUUGUAAUGGACAUCUUGGAAAGAAAAGAAGAUAUACUUCAUGAUGCAAAACAGAAAACUCUGCCAUCUUGGUUGGCUGGUCUGGCAUUCUGGCCACCAGCACAGUUAGUUAACUUCAAAUUUGUAUCACCGCAAUUUCGUGUUGCUUAUGUUGGGAUAGUAGCAUACAUCUGGACAAAUUUCCUCUGUUAUAUGAGAAGGAAGGAUAUACAUUUCACCAUUGGUAGUAGCAAAUGACAAACUGGUAGCACUGACCAAAGAGCAGAUGAAAAUAGCAAUAAAAGCCUGUUUUCAAAUGUCUUUUAUUCAUAAUAUAUCAGUAGUAUUCUGUGAAAAUGUCAUUCAAGAGCUUUAAAAUGUAUCAUAUAUCUGCUGGAAAAGUAGACAAAAGUAAUUAAUUAAUAAUUAAUUAUUCACCAAUCAU